UUUUUUUAAUGAUUAAGCAGCUAAAAAAAAUACUAGCCACGAAUGUGUCAGGACUCUUGAUAGGAGAGCAAUAAGCUUCAUAAAUUACACAGUUUUAGUGUUCCUUUCAAUUUGUGCAUAUAGGACAAAAUGGACAUUAUCAAAACGUUCAGCUAAAAUGUGCAAGGCGAACAACCUAACAAGCUAGCAGUGGUAACGGUAUUUAGGGUUUACUGAUGGUAAAUAGUCCGCAGCUGGCUGAGCUGGGUAGUCUGAAUGGCACAGCUACCAAGCUAGCGAUGGCCAGAUGGUUAUUGCUUGAAUUUGUGCUGAGUAUUUCUAGAGACAGUCUUAUAGAUGAAUACAUGAAGAGGCAUGGAAAGUAACGGACAUGUAAUCUCGAGCACAGGGUCUUUGGGUUAUUUGGAACUGGAUACCCAUAGUAAAGGAUUAGCUUGUUCUCUCCGUGGAAUGACGACAUUCGCUCCGUUCAGCUGCCUCAAAGUAAACGGGUGUCGGUGAUGCUAUCUGGACAAAUGCCCCGUUUGUCCGAAUUUGGACAGAGCAGCCAAACUUCACUAUAAAUCAUGAAAAACUGCGAGUAUCAGCAAAUCGACCCGCAGGCACUUCCGACGCCCACCCCGACCCCUCCACCCCGACAUGGAAACGACAGUGACAAGAAAGAGGAGCCGAAAAGACCGAGGAGAAAGUGGGAAGUUUUCCCCGGAAAGAAUCGCUUCUACUGCGAGGGACGGAUCAUUGUGGCCCAGCAGAGUGGGGUCCUGCCCCUCACUCUGGGCCUUAUUCUCAUUACAAGUGGAUUAUUCUUUAUAUUUGACUGUCCCUUCCUGGUCAAACACCUGACCAGCUGCAUACCUGUUAUUGGAGGAGUCCUCUUUGUAUUUGUGGUCAUUACCCUGCUCCAGACCAGCUUCACUGACCCCGGCAUCCUGCCCAGAGCGACACCAGACGAGGCUGCAGACAUUGAGAGACAGAUUGACAACACUGGAAACACAAGCUAUCGGCCUCCGCCACGCACAAAGGAAGUCCUGAUCAACCAGCAGGUGGUCAAGCUCAAGUACUGCUUCACCUGCAAGAUGUUCCGGCCUCCACGCACCUCCCACUGCAGCCUGUGUGACAACUGUGUGGAGCGAUUCGACCAUCACUGCCCCUGGGUGGGGAACUGCGUAGGGAAACGCAACUACCGCUUCUUCUACACCUUCAUCGUGUCGCUCUCCUUCCUGACGGCGUUCAUCUUCGGCUGUGUGACCACACAUCUAGCACUGAGGGCUCAAGGUGGAAAAGGCCUGGUGUUUGCUCUGCAAGAGAGUCCAGGCAGCGCAGUGGAGCUGGUGAUAUGUUUCUUCUCAGUCUGGUCCAUCUUGGGCCUCUCCGGCUUCCAUACAUACUUAGUCGCUUCCAACCUGACCACUAAUGAAGACAUUAAAGGCUCCUGGUCAGGAAAGAGUGGAGAAGAUGUCACUAACCCAUACAGUCAUAAAAACAUCUUUAUCAACUGUUGUUCUAUGCUCUGUGGACCCAUGCCACCUAGCUUGAUCGACAGACGAGGUUUCCUGCCUGCAGAUGAAUCUGCCCAGACAGGUGGUGCGGACAUCGAAGUGCCAACUCAGGCCACUAAAAGCGAGAUAAAUGUGUGCACACAGGGAACUAAAGGUCUGCUGGAGUCAGCCACACUCCCUCCGCUCCUGUCCACCUCGUGCCCUCAGGGGAAACCUCAGACAGCUCCUACCUGCCCAGACAACAGCCCUGGGGUGAACUCUGACCCUUCACCGGAACUCUCCAUGAGCUGCGGGGCUCGCCAUUCCGCCAGCUCCCAAGACGAUGCUUCUCCUUCACGUCACACCAAGACUCACUCAAAGAAAAGUAAACGAGCGGCUUUACAUAUGCCCGACCCCACCUUCGACAGCCCUGUUUCCCCUACCUCUCUGGAUGCUGCCAGCUUCGCCUCUUUGCACUAACUGACCUUAAUGACGACUUUCUCAAGUGAAAACACACAUUGUUUGAAGCUUGCAUGCUGUAAAACAGUGAGAUUUAAGUAUGAAUUCCAUUUUUUCUUUUAUUGUCUGAUGGUUUGCUGAAAGCCCUGGGUAUAGUCAUUGAGUAAGGGGAUGACAAUCACAAAGAUGUUAUCAAUCUACAGGAAAUAGGAACAGUAGAGCAGAAUUGAUGAAGAUUAUUCUGGCUGUAAAGGAUGCAAAUAAGCCUUUGGUGUCAAAUGGAAAGUGCAUAAAAAGAUGAAAUGUUUAAGAUGGAGGCACUAACAUACUGAUAGAGCCAUAUUUCUUUCAAACAAUUCUCAUGUAAAACAUGAAUUUUACCAGCAUGUCAGAUCCACUAAAUAUUGUGAAACAGUGGCUUUGAUGUAUCAGGUGGACAUACUCUGGGAGCUUGAACAGCUUUGUACGGAGGGUUAAAGCUCAGAAUCUCUGUGUAUCUGUAAAGAGGAAAGUUGCUCUUAAAGGGAAAGUCCAGCCCAAAUAUAGAAUUCACAUGUGAUUUCCAUAUUGUUGUGCAGCUCAGUUUAUAGCGUGAGUUUGAGCCAGUUUCUCCUUAAGCUAAAUAGAAGAGAGACAGUUUGUACUGAUGAAGUCAUGUUGAGAUAUAUAGGCAGUGAAUAAUGGAACAAGUCAUGGGAUUUGGACAACAGCCAUGGGGCAUUUUCAAGGAUAUGGGGACAGUUUCUUUAUUAUUUUCAUAUCUGAAAGCUCUGUCUUCAAAUCAAACUCCUGCUGAUGUACAGAGGGAUGACAAAUUCAAGGAAAAACCAACAUGAAUUGUUUUAGCCGGAACACCUUCGGUGCUUCCUGUCAUAGAUUCUCCAACUCUGUGGAUCUCUACUGAAGUGCUGGAACACCAUUCUUCCAAAAGAUGCUCCCUCGUCGGGUGUUCUUGAUGAUUUCGGUGAAGACAAGGCUGAAUUACAAACUGGGCCUCAGACUUUAAGGAACCCUUCGUUUACGGCACGGCAACUAAUUUGAGGCGAUUUGAUUAAUUGCUCCUUUUUUUGGUAAUAUGAACGACUAAAGCACGGAACAAACAGACGUGAUUCGGGCAUUACAGGCAGCAGGAGCCUUCAGACAAAGUACUUGUCACAUUGUCAAACAUCAUCUAAAAACCCACUCCCCCCGCCCACCCCUUACUGACGUAGGAAUGGGGUUGGGGUUGCAUCCAACGAUUUCAGUGACCUUCCAAAACUGACAAUCCAACAAAAGCAUGCCCAUUUGGCACAAUGACUGCACCUCCAUCUCCACUGUCUCGCCCCUCUCUACAACAGCAGGGUUUAAUCCACACUUUCGCCUUCAGACGUGCUUAGACGCCACUUCUUGCGAACUAGAUUGUUUCAUGCGUACCCUGACCUUAAGGCAGAUCUUGAAUUUUUACC